GAAGAAGCUCUUUGACAGAUCAACGAUAGCUUUGUGAUUCCUCAAGCUCAGCUUGGAAGCUACGCCGUCAAACCCUGCAGAAUGGCGGCUAUGCAGGGAGAGGCAGAUGCUGCUGGGGUCAGCGAGCUGCCUCCAAAGCCGUGGAAGCAAAGGCGCUCAAAAAGGAGCUCCGUUGAAGGGCCAAUAGAGCCAGCCGACAUUGAGAUCUUUGAAGGGAAAGUACAGAGUUCUAGUGUCCCUUCAGCAGUAAAGCCUACUUCUGUGGCUGGUUAUACGAAAGUGCGAACUGGGGAUGGGUUCCAAUUUGCUGUGCCAACAGUGGUGCUGUUGGAAGCUGAGCAAGUGAAGCUGAUGCUCAAUUCAAAUGCAACAUUCAAAGAGAAGGCGGAGAAUGUCGUUUAUUUUCAAGAGAUCAGAGGAGAGGUCUUGGAGGUCGUCCUCCGUUUCUGUUUUGAGGAGUAUCUGAAUAAGGCCCGAGUGGAGCAGCUGUACGGAGCGUCUGGUCCCCGACCCCGCCUCGCUUUCCAUUUUGAGGUUGCGCCGGCACUAGCCAUGGAGAUCAUCUCUGCGGCGCACUUCCUGGGACUGAAGGAGCUCCUCCAAUUGGCGGCCGCUAUGGUGGCCCAUCACUUGUCGGACGUUCCUGACGUCAGCACGCUGCCCAAGGACCUCGCCUGGGUUGUGGCUCAGCAGCUGAGCCUUGAGGGAUUGCUCGAGGCAGAAGACCGGGAGGACUUUCAAGCAAUCGGUCUCGAUACGAGCCCUAUCUGGGAGCGGCUGUGCCGUACCCGCGGCUGGACCGGGACCUCUUCCUUGGGCCUCCCGGAGCAGUCGGAUCUGGGAGAGCUGUCGCCCUUCGACCCCGCUGCGCCCGACUAUUGGAAGCGCGUCUACGUGACGCACGACCUGCACUUCGCCUCUGUCCUGCAAACAGAAGAAAAGUUUCCUGCCUUCUGUGCGAAGCUGCAACGCUGGGGCCGUUUUGCAGCUUUCCAGAUGGUUGGACGUCCCUUUUACGAGGACGUGCUUCUUCCUUACUUUGGCGAACACGCGCUGGUCCGCUACGCUGCUCUCUUCCCAGAGCUGAGAUGGCUGUUGCUCAGUCAACUGGACGGCAAAGUACUUCAAAACCAGGAAAUAAAGGUUGAGGGGACGACGCCUCCCUUCGACUUCGAAGCGCUUCUGUGGGCCCUGCCAACCUGUCAAGUCUUCGACGCGAGGUUCAUCAGCGACUCGCGUGCCCGCAGCGCAACCACUGAUGAGGCAGUCGAAAGCGGUGGCGAGGCGGAUGCGCUCAGCAGGGGCGUUGGAGCUUACGGAAGGCUACGGAUGUCACAGCUCAAGCUUGCGUACAACCCCCUCACCAGCGAGGAGCUGUGGGCGAUACUGCGGUCGCUUCCUAGCUCCAGCCUGAAGACGUUGGACCUCAGUUACUGCGAUCUCGACUCUUCCUCGGCUCCGCUCGACGUGCUGGAGGGCCUGCGCGGCUCCAUCUUGGAAGCACUUUUGCUCUCAGGGAACCCCUUCGGCAUGCCUCAGCGAAAGCCCGAGGAGAUUCCGGUCGUCGAAGGGUCCUGGCGGAAAGUGAGCGGAAUCUGGCGGAAGACCGUCCAAACCGCGUCCCCCCGGCGCGCGCCGAAAGCGCCGCCCAAGAAACCGGCGGCUCGGAAAAAGGGCCCGGUAAAGCGGCCCGAGUGGAAUCUCUGCUUUGAUAACGUGGAAGGAGACGGGGGGGAAAGCUCGUCUGCGGCACAGACCCCGGUUGGAGAUGACUCGGGUGGAGCUAACCCGGGUGGAGAUAAGCCGGAUGGAAAGAAACCGGUCGGAGCUAACCCGGGUGAAGCUAACCAGGGAGGACCUAACCCGGAUGAAGAUAUCUCGGGUGGAGAUAACCGGGGUGAAGCUAACCCGGGAGGAGCUAACCCGGGUCGAGAUGGUCCUGGUGGAGAUACCGCGCGAGCGGUCGGGGGGAAAGGAACGAGUCGCGAUUCGGAGGAAGACCGACCGGCCACAUCUUCUGGGGCAGGAGAUGCAAAACGGGGCCCCGAGAGCUGUCAACCGAGUGAGUCAGGGGCAGAAAGGAACUCCGUAGAUGCAUUUCCGGGCACCUCUUUGCGAGAGGGGGGGGCAAGUUGUGGUCCGGAGCAAGUAACCAGCUCCUCGAGGCAGAGCCCGGGCGAUAAUGAACCGGGCGCGUCGACGGCAGGGGAAGCGAGUCAAAGCGCGCCUCAUCGGACGGAACAAGACGGCGGUGGCGCGGGGGAUCUUGCAACAGAGAAUGGUGUCCCGGACAGUGCUUCGAUUCGGACGGCUGACCCCGAUCGGAAGGGCAAGGACAAGAUCGAAGACGGGACGCCAGGAAGCCCUCCGUACCUUGCGGAAUCGUCGGAACACACGGCGGACCGGAAAGGCAAAGCGAAAGUGGACGAAGGCCCUUCAACCGUUUCCGAUCCUCCUGUUGAUGACGCUUCCAGCCGGACGGAAACCAGCGCCUUUCCCGGGGAAGUCAGAAACGGCAGGCAUAACGGCGCGGAAUCGUCCGAAAAGUUUCCCUCGCCCGAGGUCGCCUCGACCGCCGCUGACGUCCCCGCCAUCAUUUUCGGUUCGAUCCUGACGUCACUCCCGCCGACGCUCAAGAAGCUCGCGCUCUCCGACUGUGGCCUGGGGGACGUCCACGUGGCGCAGAUCGUGCGUGGGCUGACGUCAGCGGGGUGCGCGCUGUGGGAGCUGGACCUGUCGCAGAACGAGGUCUCGGCGCGGGGGGCGAGUGCCGUCUUUGUUUGGCUCCAGCACAACGAUUCUCUGCGUCACUUGAGCCUGGCUCAGAACAAGGUGACCAGCACAUGUACGGACGACCUGUUGGGCGCGUUGCAGAAAAACACCACGCUUUCAAAGCUUUCAUUGGCGGGGAAUUACUCCUUCGGCGAGGAGCGCGUCUCCGAAGUUUUGGAAGCUGCCCGCGAGCAUGCUGAAUUGCUUGUGGCCCUAGAGACGGCCACAGUUUUCAGCCUGGAUCUCUCCUUCAUUGACGUCACAUACGCAGCUAGGAAUAGGUUCCGAGACACUUAUGCGGGUGUUGCACAAUUGGACCUUCGAAUAUGAACGAGCGCAAGCUUAUGUACGGUUCGUCUUGCCGUGACAUUGUUUGUGAUUCCGCUAGUCGCGAUCAGGCCUGUAGUUAUUCCAAUUGAGAGCCUGCAUCUCGAGAAUAAAGUCACUCGUGCGAUUUCUUCAUUUCCCUAGAAAUUUGGUGCACGUGACUUCCAGAUUUGGUGAAAGACUUACGUCAUAUAGGUCAGGACAUCUUGUAUAGAGCUUUCAAGGGGUCGCAAUGGUCCAACGAAGAUCACUGUAACCCGACUGUCAAUGUAUUAGGCAUUCCAUCUGGACUUGUAUUACGCCCGUCAAAAUAUAUUUUUAACAGUGUGCCAU